UGUACGUGCUUCUAAUUAAGCAGCAUUCUAAAAUACUGCCGAAAUAUUGAACUGCUUGCGCUCGCUUACCAAUAAUGCGCGGCAGUAUUAUCAUCCUUUGUCGUUUCAUUGUUCCCUGUUGCAUGCAUGCCACCACCAGUUCUUCAAUGGUAGGACGUGUAUGCUGGUGCUGGGAGCUGGAGCAGUGGAGACAGUGGGACUCAAGACUAUCACUGCCAGACAUCUCGCUCUAGUCCUGCGAUGUCUGCAGCAGUGCAGCUGCUGGUGGCGGACAUCAGGAGACACUUUCAGUGCAGACUGCCUCACAAGCAGCACAUCUUACUCUCCCACUUCGACCACGUCACUGAGGACUACAGUCGCCACUGUGUGGAGAUAAACAACAAGAUAUAUCACCAUAAUGGAUGACCUCAUUUCAAGAAAUUUAUUCAAAUGGGAAGCUAAAUCUCCAGUACCCUCUCUAUCAUUCAAGACACUCAUCAAGCAGGUUCUGAAGUUACACGAGAACCUUGUGGACAUCCUACCACACAAUCAGCUACAGUCUCUCUUUACCUCCAUCGAGGAAAUGUUCAAAAAUCACUUGAAGACUCAGUUACAGCGUCUCGGGAUCACUAACAAUGGCAGCACACAACACGGGACUGUAAUUUCUGAACUAACUUAUUUCAUGGGUGCUCUUGGCUCACUAGAAAACAUCAAUGCAUUUCGCAGCAGUCUGUUUGAUGUGUGGACAGUCAACAGAUGAUAAAAUUCACUCUCAAUUUUACACUGCGCAUGCGCAGGAUAUAAUUGGAAGAGCGGAUGGGUGUGGUUUUUGCGCUCGAAGUCGACGUCUCUGAGCGCUGCUUCUUAGGUUUUGGCCAAGGUGUAUAGCGAUUGGGGAACUGCUACUGUUCUGCGUAUGGUGUUUAGUCUCUACCAUCUAUGAUGGGAGAUCGUAGCGCGGGAUAUGAUUGUUCAGUCAUACCCGCACUAGACUGCCCCGGACGCUACUGUGGACGAAUUUCCAUUGCCAGCAACGCUUCCUCGCCCGACGGUUGCUAUGCCAGCACUUGUGGGGCCUGUCCAACAGGGUACCGAGUGACUGGCAAUGGAAGCAGCGAGUGUCUGCCGUGCAGCGACCCUGCCAUCCUCAGGGACUACUUCUUCCUGGGGUUUGUGUGUCUGGUUUGUGUCGGAGUCAGGCUGGCUGUGGUAGCUGUCUCUACCAUAGGGAAACCUGGAUGGGCCCCCAAAACGGUGUUGGGGAUAAUAACUGUACUGGAAAAUGCUCUGGCAAUGCUGUUUACCCUACUGAUCUUGGAGCCCCAAGGUUCGCUGGCCUUCAACUCCUGUCGUGUGGUCCAGGUCUCGGAUUUCUAUCCCAUAUUCUACAACCCCAGCGAAGACUAUGUCCACCAACUCCACUGCACCUACGAAGUCGUCUACCCUCUGUACAGAAUGAUAUUCGUGUACUUUGGGUUCUACCUGGUCCACCACGUUCUCCUACUGUCAGUGACGGUUCCCUUCAUGUGGGGAUGCAGGCAGACCUUCUCUCUGUCCACAGAGUUUGUGUGGCUGGUUGCUCUGCCCGUGGUCAUAGCUGUAUUUGCAGUACUGGCAGGUCUACUAUAUUACAUAUUUGACUAUCUAACCAUUCUGGUUGCUGUUGGUGGAUUUUCCCUAGUCUCUACCUUUCACCAGGCUCUGAAGUACACUUUCAAGAAUCCGUUUGAAGUCUUUUCCUCGUUUGAGUACUGGAUGUUCACGCUGGUCUGCAUGGCGUACGCGGCAUUUGGGAUCCUCUCUCUCACCGGCGCAGGAACGAUAUCUUUCAGAGCAGCACUUCUCCCAACAGUUCUUGCCCUUUUCCUCCAUCCAAUCGUCACUUUGUUUGCAUCUCCUCAGCCUUACCUGUCGUCGUGGGGGAUCCCCUCUUAUCACGAGUUCUAUCAACACUGAACUGUUCACUAUAGCGUAUAAGUUAUGAUUCAAAUAUUAUGUGUUUGUUCACCGGGUUGGAUUUUGUGUAAUACAUGUGUGCAACAUGCGAAAUUGAUGAAGACUCGUAGCACACAGGUCGUGACGA